AUGUUAAAUCCCUGUGAUGUUACCUCCGACAGUCAAAUGGUUUUGGCUAAUGCCGCCUAUUUCAAAGUUCAAUGGUCGGAUAAAUUCGACGCCAAAGAUACAAAACAGGAGAUUUUCUAUAUCACCCCUAGCCAGUAUUAUUUCGCUCGUAAUGCGGAAAAGGCUAUGACCACGCUGGCACGGUGGCGUGCCGCUAAAGAAAUUGAAUCGGGCGAAAAGGAUAGGCGGCCGUAUUUGGCAUCGGAAUGUCAAGAUUUGCCAAAAUGUGAAAAAUAUCGUUUAGAAAUUAUUAGAGAAAUUUCAAAUAAGGUGGCCCAAAUACAAAAUGCCGGUCUCGGUGAAUUUCGUAUACGUGAUUUGAACGACGAAAUCAACAAGUUGCUGCGGGAAAAACGUCAUUGGGAAAAUCAAAUAUCAGCCUUGGGUGGACCACACUAUCGACGAUAUGGACCGAAAAUGUUCGAUGCCGAGGGCCGUGAAGUACCGGGAAAUCGUGGCUAUAAAUAUUUCGGUGCUGCCAAAGAUUUGCCCGGAGUACGAGAGCUGUUUGAACAAGAACCUCCACCACCACCGCGUAAAACUCGGGCGGAAUUAAUGAAAGAUGUCGAUGCCGAAUAUUAUGGGUAUCGUGAUGACGACGAUGGCAUUCUGAUACCAUUGGAGGAACGUAUUGAACAAUUGGCUGUUCAGACGGCGGUACGAGAAUGGAAAGAGAAAAUGGCUCGAGAUGGUCAUAUUGAUUUAGACGACGAUGAAGAGGGCGAUGAUAUUUAUCCGCUAUCAAUACCAGCAAGAGAAGCCGCUGAAGAUGCUAAAAAGUCUGAAGAGGGAAAUCCAAUGGAAUUGCUGGCACCCAAGUUUACUGCCCAUGUUCCGGUACCAACACAAAAGGAUGUCGAAGAAGCGUUGUUGAGAAAACGUAAACAAGAAUUGUUGGAAAAAUAUGCUGGUGGUUUAGAUGAAUGAUUAAUAAUA